AUGUCGGACUCAUCGGACGAUGAUUUGGUUUUGUUAGGAAAUGUUUAUUUAAAAAUGCGAAAAACAGCUGACCAGCGCGAGUCGGCGCCGAUCGGCGCUUAUCGACGCUUAUCGGCGCCGAUCGGCGCCGAUCGGCGCUGGUCCAUAGAAAAAGGAUCAGCGCCGAUAGGCGCCGAUAAGCGCCGAUCGGCGCUGAUCGGCGCCGAUCGGCUUUCGGCUUUCUUUCUGUAUACGGCCUUAAAAACUAUGGAAGAUGGUAAUGUUGUCAACAUAAAAGACGACAAAAUCGCGGCAUUUGCAAAUUUAUACAGCGAAAGACCAUCUAAGCUAACCACGAAUGGCCAUGAUAUCUCCGGUGAAUCCUCCAACCCGCCCGACGACUCGUUUCAGAUACGCCAUCAGAGUGUAGAAGCAUCAAGAGAUGACAAGUUCCGAAAACGCAUCAACCCACUCAGAAUACACUUGGGAAAAAGGCCUUUUGUUGACAAUUCCAUUCAGCAUUAUAAUUCCGCCAAAAAGAAGAAGCCUUAUGGAGUUAAAAUCAGUGACACAAAUGCAGCAAAUACUGUACCAAGGGUCCCAAAGCUUGUGCAUAAGCGACUGAAUAAUACACAAUUUCAUCAUGUUACAUCACAUGGAGGAAGACCUUAUGACAAUGAACAAGACAAACCUGUUCCCCGACUUGUGCCCAAAAGUCAACUUCUGCAAUUUAAAAAGGGUAAAGUUGAAAAAGGAGCCCAAUUGAAAGAAUAUGCUCAAAGCUUGGGUCUACAGCCUAUGGUCAAAUUUAAAUGCAGGAAGUGUUGUUCAAUGUCAUUUAAAACACUGGCUAUGUUGAAAGAACACCAAUUAGUCUGUCGAGCACAAGCCAAAGAGCCUGCACUGAGUCCAGAAGCCACUCCAAGUCCAGAAAACAAUUCAGGAGGACCAUCCCGUGUUACAAGAAAAGUAUACUUAUGUUCUGCUUGUGGUACAUAUUAUGAAAAUUGGAAUCUCUUUUUGCACAUGAGAGAAGCUCACAACAGGCAUAUUUGUUUGUUUUGUUUAGGAAUGUUUUCAAAAGCUGAAAAACUUGCAUCGCAUUUGUCUAAUAAACACAAUGUCCAAGAAUUUAACUAUGACAGUAAAGAAGAAUUUUGCAAAGUUUAUAAUGGUAAUUUCUAUUUAAUGUGCUGUGUAUGCGAUGAGAUCUGUAGUGAACAAGAUGACUUUUUUAAUCAUGACUGUAAUAAUAUUAAGCCCAGACCUGUGCCUGUGCGUGUGAAUAAACAUACUUUAAAAACUAAUAAUUUAAGAAACAAUAUGAACUGUAAUGAAAUCUCUACAAAUGGCCCAACAACUGUAAAGGAAAUAAAUAAGCCCAUAGUUGACAAAAAAGAAAUAAUUGAAGAGGUCAAAAUUGCUGGUCAACUUUCAAAGAUUGUAACUUCUGAUGUUAUUGCUGAUAAUUGUGAACCAGUUCAUAGUGACACAAGUCUUAGUUCUGAAAAUUCGAUAUGUACAAGUAAAGACACUAACAAUACUAUAGAUUCUGGUAUGGAAUUAGACAGUUCUGGUAAUAAACCUGUAAGUCCUACACUUCAAGAUACACCAUUUUCUGAUAAAAGUGAGCAUUUAAUUCCCAAUGGAGAUGAUAGUAUAGAACAUUCAGACGAAAGUCAAUCACCACCUCAUGAUGAAGUUCCCUCAACUCUUUCGGAGCAAUCACCUGAAAAAUGUGCAAAGCCUAUAAUUCCACCCAUUGAGAAAGAGAAAGAAUUUGGCAUUAAGUUGAAACUUAGUUUAAACAAAGCCAACUCUCCGGUUAUUAUAAAUUCUACUGUAGAUCCCACUAUUGGUCAACAAAUUGCAUAUAAACCACCAAGUAGAGUAAGAAGACCUCCAAAACGCUAUGAAAAAGAAUUACCAUUACCUACAGAUCCACCACCAACGCCAGCAGCUUUGCCAAAAACUCCCUCAAUAAAAAUGACAAUAUGUGAUAAAGCUGAUAGCCCUUUUGUAAAGACUACAAUAUAUGAAGAUGCCAAGAAGACUACACUUAAAACACUUCUGAAUAAUAAUCUGGAUUCAGUUUCUGAAUUAACAGAAUAUAAACCAGAUAAUAGCAUAAAAACUACAAUAUAUGACAACAAACUAGAGGAUAUCAAUACAUUAAACAGGGUACCAAAAUUAACUGUUAGGGUUCCUAAAGAACUAUUGGACAAAGAUUCAUCCAGUGAUUAUUCAUCAGACAGUGAUGUGAGUGAUAAAUUGACAGUUGACGAAAACAAUGUGACAAUAGAAGAAAAUGUGAAAGUAGAACAGUCUCCACAGAUUCAAGAUAACCAUUCGACUUUGGUAGAUAGGAAAGAGGACUCAAAUGACCAUAUACUUCCAACUAACACAUCGGAGAUUCCUGAUAAUUCUUGCAAUGAAACAGAAUCUAAGACUGAUUUUGUAGAUCAGGAGAUUCCUAUUGAGACAAAACCUGAAGAGCCAGAAAUACCUGUUACGGAACUCUCUUUAGACAAGCCAUUAGAUAAGUAUGAAUUGAAAGAUUUACUGAAAGUGUUUUUGUCUUGUACAGCUUUUAAUUGUAUUUAUUGUAACCAUGUUAGAAAAAUAGCAGUUAAUUGUGAGCAAUUGUCAUUGCAUAUGGUUGCACAACACCGUUUCACAGCAACUGUCAACAGCAUUACAGCAGAAGAAUUAAUGCCAGAGACAAUCACUGCCAGACUAAAGACAGGAGCAUCAGAAUUACAGUCUAUUUUUAUUAAUUUGAACUCUUAUGACAGUAUUGAUAAAUAUGACGAUGUUCAAUUUGACCACAUAUUUGAAUGUUUCCAAUGUUACUUCAAAACUGCUGUUCAUAAAGAUCUCUAUUUACAUAAUCGUAAAAUGCAUCAAAAGACAAUUUUGCUGUGCGUUAUGUGUAAAUCAAAUUUUUACAGUUAUAGUGAAUUAUUGUGUCAUUUGUGUCCAGGAACUUAUGAUUCUGAGUAUGAAAUAAAGUUUAGAUGUUGUUUAUGCAAUGUAGACUCUAUACCAUCUUCUUUUAGGUUAAUGGUACACUUAAGAAAAAUACAUCACACAUGUGAUGUAUGUUUGGAAUUUUGUCAUAACCAGGCACGUCUAUCUAAUCAUGUUUGGAAACAUAAGUUGCACCACCUCUGCUAUCGUUGUGGCAUUGCUUAUAGAAAUAAACCUGAUAUAACUAAUCACCUUUUCUGGAAACAUGGCACUGAAAGUGUAUUAUGUAAAAGAUGUCUUCAGAAAAAAUGGCCCCAUGUAUAUCAUUUCUGUUCACCACCUGCUAUAUUUGUUUGUGAUGAAUGUAACUUGCAAUUUACAAGACCAGUUUGCUUAAAAGUCCACAAAAGAUUUCAUACUGAAGAGUACCCCCAUCUAUGUAAGGAAGAAGGCUGUACAGAAAAGUUUGUAUCGAGAAAGUUGCUUGAAAAGCAUAUUGAUAAUCAUAAACAAAAAUUAAUAACAGAAGAAUUAACAAAAGAGGUUACUUCUACUGUGGAAAAAAGUACAGAACUGUCAAAAGAACCUAUCCCAGUCAUUGACUUAGUUGAUGAAAAACCCAAAGAUGAAGCUGGAUCUUCUGAAACAAAUGCAGAGGUAGGGUCUGAACAAGUAUCUAAAAAAGCAAAGAAAAAAAAGCAGAAAGAAAAAGACGCCUUACUCUUAGAUGUAAAUUUGCCAGCAUUAGAUUUAUCGGAGAGCGAUAGCAGUGAUGAAUCUGAUAGUGGAAAUCCAACUGUUAAAAAGGAGGAAAAAAGCGAACUACCCGAUGAUGGAACAUCUGCUCCUGACUCUGACAUAAACAAUGAUCUAAUAAAUGUGGAACCUGAACUUCCAAAAAUUAAAGAGAAAUCUGAGCCCAUUGAAGAAGAAAAGCCAAGUGAACAACAAAUAUUGGAUAUUUGGGAUAACUUCAAGAAAUAUCAAGCUAAAGUUGAAAAACAAAAAGAAAAAACACCACCUUUAGUACCUAUAAGAAAGCAUGUAUGUGAAUCAGAUCAUGAUUAUUGCCUUAUUCCAUCAGAUUUCAAUGGAGAUGAUGAUCCAUUCAGUUUAAAUAAGAAGAAAAACAAAAAAUCACCAAAGAAAAAACAUGGAGAGUUAACAUCUUCAAGUAGCAGUAGUAGUGACAGUGAUUCAAGUUGUUCAUGUGGAUCUAACUGUAGUUGCUCUUCUAGUAGUGGAUCUUCUUCUUCUAGUUCUUCUGAUACAGAUUCAUCGGACGACACAGGAAUUGAAAAGAAAAACGUAAGCAUUGAUAAGAAGAAGAAGAAGCAAUUAAAGAAAAUUUUACCAAAUAGAAGAAUGAGUAGUGGCUCUAAUGUGGAUGUUUUGGGAAUGUCUGAAACACCAAUUUUAGUACCAGAGAAGAUUGAGCCACCCAUAGCAGAAACAGAUUUAGAAACUGAUGAAAGUGAAACUGAUGAAGAAUUUUAUGAUGAACAUCCUCAAAGAAUGGCUAAUAAGCUACAUGCAGAAAAACGUAAUCAACUAAUGCUUUUAGCAUCUGUGGCACCAUCAGAUGGUGGGUCGGUCUCAGGAGAAGCUAGCCGCCCUAGCACUCCGAUAAAAGAGGAGCAAGAAAAUAAAACAGUAGUUGAAGUUAAAGAAAAAACUAGCAGUAGUAAAAAGAAAAGCAAAAAGAAGAAGAAGUCAAGGAGUUCCAAAAAACAUGGCCCAAUCAAACUCAACAUUCCUAAAGAUAUAAUUGCAAAGUCUGAAGUGGAACAACCCUUAAUGCCACCAGUAUCUAAUAAAAUCACAAUAUCACUGCAUUCUAACACAGUUCAACUACCAGAGACACCUACAUGUGUUUCCACACCUAUAACGCCAACCGUGAGCACUCCAACAGUAUCUUCAAUAGAAAGUAAACGGGCGUCUAAAAGAAGACGUGUUCCUAACAAAUUUUAUGGUUACUCAAGCGAUGACGAAUCAGCUUCUCCAAACAUUGCAGCUUUAAAACCACAGCAACCUCCUAAACUGGAGUGGAGAAAAGAAGAUUUACCAUCUCCUGUUACGCACAAAGCAAAGAAAGAAGUGCCGACAACAGUCCUGCCACAAAAAAUAUAUAAUUAUACAGAACCUAUCAGGCUGACAACACCAAUACCAGACCCUGAGCCACCUCGAAUUUUAAUGAAUACUGAAUCUAUGGAAUCUAGUGAUUCUGAUUCCAGUGAAGGAAACUUAGAGAUAUACCAACCUACCAACAGCGCCGUUGCACCUAUUCCGCCUCCGACAUAUUUGAAUUCGGGCACCUCUAGUUUGCCAUACCCGUUCCAAAGGCCAGCAGUGCGGCAAGCGCGAGAAGGAGAAAGCGUUUACUGUUACUGUCGCUGCCCCUACGAUGAAGUGUCGGAAAUGAUCGCAUGUGAUGCAGAAGGAUGCCCUAUAGAAUGGUUCCAUUUUGAAUGUGUUGGCAUUAUGGUACCACCUAAAGGAAAAUGGUAUUGCCCUGAAUGUAGGAAAAAUCAAAGUUUUUCAGACACUUAUGCUGUAUUGUUUUGGGAAAACUUCGAAAGGGAGUUAUUUCCGCAGCUGGAUUAUACGCAGGCGUUUAGUGCCUCUAAGUGUUGCCGCACACGAUCCACACGCCACAGCCACAAACCACGCCGCCACGAGAAGCUAGAAGUUGUUGUAGGUAGAGUCGGCGCAGAUGGUGUAGAUGUUGUAGAAGCAGUAAACAAAUCUGCAUGUACUACAGACGCUCCGCUUCGGUGUGGGAAAGGCUUCCACUACCCACUACCCACUAUCCAUUCUCUUGGAUCCAGCAUACGGGACAGCACUAUACGCGUAAUAGAGAUGGAGAUACAGCAUCUCUUUCACGUGUAUAGCACAUCCCGCAUGCUAGAUCCAACAAGAUGGAUAGUGCUUUAG